AUGACCCUUGUCCUUGACAACAAUGUCUCUGCCUGUGUCACUGAGGAUUGCACCAUUGCUCCUCCAAGCCCCAUUAUAAGCAGGCCUACCCUCACAUAUGAGCCGUCUGAACUGGGGACUUAUGCAUCCUACAACAAGGCUGAUAGUUCAUACUCCUCAUCUGAAACAGUUACUGCCAAUCCUUUGUGGACAAACUCUACAGAAAGCAGUCAUACCACUAUCCUUGAGUAUGAACCGUCUGGCUCUGAGAUUCAUACCACCAUGUUGAAAUCUGUGGCUCCUAAGACAAUAGCUUAUUCCAGCUCUGAUGGCACUAAGAAAAUGUCUUCAAGAUUUCUAAAAAUAACCACUAUGGAGCAAAAGGAUAAAGUUGUAGAUGAUGCCACCACCUUUCUGCCAGAGACAUCUAACCCAAAAGAGAAAAGAACCCAUUCUUCAAUUAUUCUAGACCCAGACACUGAGUUCCCUAUGGAAGAGAGCAGGACCUCAACAAUGGACAACUUCGGCUCUGCUGGAGAACCUGCCCCCAUCAAAAAUAAAGAAGUUUCUGACAUGAAGAAUAUCGCAGCUGAUGCUUUUACUCCAGGAAGAAAAACCAGUGUCACAGCAGCUGAAGAACAAUACUCAAAACAUAACUUCGAAACCAUUGGGAGUGACAUAUCCACUUCAGAGGAUAGCACUAGACCCUCAGGGCUGCUCAUGCCCCCUGAAGCCGACAGAAUUUCCCAUAUAGAUGAAAACAUGGAAAUGGUAACUGACACGGGUGCCACAGCAAACAUGCCUGCUACAGAGAAAGUUACUUCUGUUGGUGCCCUUGCUGGUCGAGAUGGUGAUUCUCCCAUUCCUAAAGCAGAUGUCACCAAAUCCCUAGCCAACAACCCUUUACUAACUCAUGAAAACCCCAGCCUUACUCCUGACGCCACAACUGAUAGUGCUGCAGCUUCUCUAUGGGGGAAAAAUGAGGCUUUGCUAGAUGACUUCUUUACAGUGUCCAAGGAAACAGAGACAGUGGUUGUACAAAUGGAAACUUCUACAGAGGAUGACACCAGCGUACCUGAAAUAACUCUCCUUAAUGAAAACGCCAAUCCAAUAGUAUCAGAAGACAAUGUAAUUCGGGUAGAAGGAAGCCUUCCAUAUGAUACUGAUUUAAUUGGAGGGGACAACUCUAAUUCUGAGGAUAAUUAUAUUAUCCUUGAAUCAAAUGUAUCUGACCUUAAUGUAGUUGCAAAUUCAUGCUUGACCAACACAAAUGGACUUGAAACCAUAGCUUGCAGUGAUUCCGCUACCGUCAAGGAGAAAAACAGUGAGGAUGCAUUUCCUGCUGAGAAUUUUCUAGCUGACAAAGGCAAAGUUCCUAUGGAGACCAUAACCAUGACUGAUGUCAUCAGUGAUGGAAUUAAAACAACUCAAGAAAUCACAGCUGUUGAAGAGGGUAACAGGGCUGCCAUUAAUGUGAUUUCCUUUGAGCCUGACAUGCCUCACUCAGAGACAAUAGCAAACACCCACAAGGGUAAUUACAUUGCUUCUGAUUGGGAUCCCAACUUCACCACAACAGAUAUGAGCAGCCUUGUGAUUGGGAGCACUAGUCUUGCUGAGAAUAUCACCCCUCUUGAAAACCAGGAGACAUCCAUCACCAAAGAUACCAGAUUCUCUACUUAUAAUACCGUUGACCCGAGAGCAGAGCCUGUGAUCACUGCAACUGAUGCCACAUCAGAAGAAAAGGAGGAAAAUGGGGUGGCAGAAAUGACCAAUUUAAAGAAUUAUGUUACUCCCAUGUCCUCCUUCAUUUCUCAUAAGAUUGAAGACAUUGAACCAGUAACUAAUCCAGGUCUAGCAGAUGCUAUCACACCUGAAGAAGAAACCCCCACACCCAUGUUUUCAGCCUCUACCCUUCACACUGGACAUAUUAAACCUGAAGAUGACCCCAUUGUUUCUCGGGCAAAUUCUGUUCCUAUGUCCAUAGAUGAUACCACUUUACUAAAAGAUGCCACUGUUGAUAAUACCCAAGAAACUCUUCCUUCAAAGGAAAUGUCAUUGGAUGAUGCUGAUACGACCAUGUCAGAGGCCUCAGGGCCCGUUUCUGAAAAGCCUUCACUUGUUAAUAGGGCUCCUAUCCCAGAACAGAAUGGUAUCAAUGUUCAAAGUGACCCUCAGGUCCUCCAGCUGGAAUCUCCACUUCCUCCAGCUGAUUCUACCCUCUUGCCAAAGAAUCCUGCCUACAUUGGCCCCCAUACAGUUGGCACAAUAAAAGAAGACCCAGUCACGGAGACAGCCACCUCUGGUGAAAAGUACCCAUCUCCUAAGAGAACUAUCUCUGCAGCUGCUGCCUUUAAUCUGAGGGAAGAUACUGACUUUAUCAAUGAAGCUGCUAUAUAUGAAGCUGAUAUUUCUGUAGAGAUUACAUCUGAUGAGCAUGAAGUAGCAUUUCACAGAGAGGAAGAGGAUGCUAUAGCAGAAGGAGAUGAUGUUACUCAAGAAGAAGAAAAUAUUCUGUACACCACUGACUUUUCACCCUAUCUAUCAAGUAGCAAUAUCCUGAAAGACAAUGAAUUAGACCCUCAGGAUUAUUCCACUUUUCCCAACAGAGAAGAUGUCAAUUCUAUGUCUGAAGAGAAUAAAAUCACAGCUGACCUAUCCAAAUUUGUUGAUCAGCCGGCCAGUCCACAGAAUAGCGUACCUAUUGUGACUUCCUUUUCUGUUCAUGGAGCAGACAGAAUUUCCUUUGGAAAGCAAGACUCUGAAACAAUGUCGUACUCGGUUUUAACAGGUGACAUGUUCUUCAUGGCUCAGGCCAAUCCAACAAUGGCCAAAGAACCAACUCCUACUUCUUUAUCCAACAGAUCUGGAGAUGACUUUCUCAUCUCUGGAAAAAGGACUGCUAAAUCCAAUGAAGAUACUACUCUGUCUGUGAACACAAUCAAUAUUCUUCAAGAUGAACUCACCAGCGACAAAGUUCAGAACACUCUCCCGGAAAAAGACGGCUCUUUGGCUGAUCCAAAAAUGGCAAAAUCCUAUCUUUUAAAUCUAGCAACUGAUUGUUCUGCUCCCAUGAACAACCUUGGAAUCCUGGAAGGGUCAGUUACUAAAACUGCAACUCACCUUCGUGCUUUCCCAUUGGACACUUCCAAAGAGAACACUGUGGCCAUUGUUGACUCCACAUAUACUGAAUGUGAUCCAUGUACAACUAGGGAGACCACCUCGGAGAUGUUAUUUGGUGCCAUUACUACUCCACCUGGAAGCUCUUCCCCUGAAGAAAAGCUCCCUGUGCCUAAUGCUGCUGCCCUGAUUGCUGAAGAUCCACCCCCUAACUAUUCCCCAACUCCCACAACAGACACCACUAGAAACCUAACGGAAGCAACUGUUUUCUCCAUGGGUGAUGACAAUAUCACUUCAGAAGGAGGCCAUCUUACAUCAGGGAUGUAACACCAGAGAGUGACCUUAUUACAACUGCUGUCACCUUCAUGAACACUUUCAGCAACUUCACCAACUCCGUGGCAGACAAAUUUACUCUUCUGAAGGAAACACCAUCAGAAUUUAACACUAAGCUACAGGGUAUUGAAACAUCUACUGCUGAUGUGGCAGAAGGCAUCUCCACUCCAAUACACACUACCACGCUCUCUGAUGACACCAUGUCUCUCACUGCAGAGGAAGCCAUCUCCUAUACAGCUGGGAGCAUCAGCUCAAUAUCCAACGAUGCUUUUCCAAUGAAUGAUGAUGAUGAUGAUGAUGAUGCCACUGACACAGCAAAUGAAGUCUCUGAUUUUAUAGUGCGUGACUUGGAAGAAGGAAAAAUCACUGAGUUUGACAGAACCAUCCCUUCAGAGGAAGAUGACCCCAAUGCCAUGGCUAAAGUAAAUGGCAUCAUUGAAGAGAAAGACGUGCUCAGUGUGACGGAUCUGACUAACUCUAAGGAGGAAGACACCACCAUGUCUAAAACUUCCAACUCCAUAGAGGAAGAUACUGCUGAUGAUAAUAGGCUUUGGAUGGAGGGAAAUCCUGAAGAUGAGUUGAAUGCAACAGCCCUUGUUCUCAAUGCCUUUAAAAUCAAAGAUCACUCUGUUUUCCCUGCAUCAGAAGCCAAGAAUACGUGUGAAGAUAGGAACACUAUUAAAGUCUUCUUCACUAAACUGUUAGGCAGGCCAAUUGAAUCUGUGACUAAUGCCACAGAUUCCUUACCUGGCAGUCCCACUGCAGGACGCCACACAGACUCUAGGGAAGAUUCCACAACUGAAACUGAUGCCUCCAACCCAGAGGAAGGUGAUGCUAAUGACACCCUCUGAAUGCAGUAUAGAAUAACAUCUCCAACUAAAGAAAUGAGGAGGGAGGAGUUGGAGAGGGAAAUGAGAACUAGAACCAUUUAUAAGCUGAGAAUCCCACUAAUCUUUCUGGAAAUCUCCAAGCAAGAGGAGCUGAAGGCAGCAAGACCGGGAGAGAAGGAAGGCUGUAUCCACUAGUAAGAAAAGAUGAAGGCCCUAAUCCUGAUUGCGGUUGUCUUGACCAUAACUACUUGCUUCUCUCCAGCUGAAGGACAUAAGAGGAGACACCAUAGAAAACACCAUGAUGACAUACACAAUCCAGGACCCGGCAAUCCUUUCAGAGGGCCAAGAGGACCACAGGGUCCCAGAGGACGACCCAGGCCUGGAGGGUGUCCUGGUCCAACCCCUCCAGUAGUUUUUUUUGGGCCACCAAGUCCACCUGCUGCACACGAAAGAGAUGGGGAAGGACCGUUCUUCCCACAAGAGAACUGUGUAAGGCUUUGUCUUAAUGGCCCUGCAAAUGGAGCUCCUGGGAGCCCUCCUGGAUCCUCUACAGCCCCUCCUCCUCCCGCUCCCAUCUCUACCAUUACAGCUGUCACCGGGGCUGAAAGCACUCCUGCUGCCAAUCCUGAAAGCACAGACAUCGUAACAACAGCAAUAUACACGGUUACUUAGUUCUGAAUUCACACGAGGAAAACGUCAAGGCAAGAAAUGAUCAUGCUAAUUAUAAAUACUGUGUGGAAAUCAGCUGACUAUUAAAAAUAAAUCAACGCUAUCUGACUUGAUGGGAAAUAAGAAAUUUUAAGAACACGGGCUCUUCUUUAAUCACCUAGGAAUGAAUGCAUAACCUGUCUCCAAUAAAGCUUUU